AGAUAUCAAACCAUCGAUCAAACAUGAUUCCUUCCACAAUAGCCAUUCCUGCAUUUUUUCUUUUAACGUUCAUUUACAUUCUUACUAUCUUCUACUUGCGCUUGAAAAACACGACAAAAUUGCUCACAAACGUCCUCCAGGUCCUCUAGCUCUUCCUGUUAUCGGAAACAUCCACUUGUUAGGCACUCUUCCUCAUCGCAACCUCCAAUCUCUGGCCAACAAAUAUGGACCCAUCAUGUUGGUGUGGCUCGGACAAGUCCCAACCAUCGUGGUCUCUUCCUCUGAAGCUGCUGAACUGUUCCUCAAGACUCACGACCCUGCUUUCGCAGACCGUCCCCAGACUCAAGCAACUAAUUACUUAUUUUACGGCUCCAAGGGUCUGGUUUUUUUCUAAGUAUGGUUCAUAUUGGCGUCACAUGAAGAAACUAAGUGUCCAACAUCUUUUUAGCGCUUCAAAUCAAGAGUUGAUUUGUCAUGUUAGGAGGCAGGAGAUAAGAAUGGUGGCGAAGUCACUGGAAAUUGCUGCGAAGAUGGGUGAGAUUGUGGACAUCAGUGAAAAAGUUCAUGGGCUUUUAGAAGAUAUAGUUUAUAAGAUUAUAUUGGGACGGAAUAAGGAUGGCCAGUUUGAUUUGAAGGGGCUCGUUUCUGAAGGUUUGAGAUUGGCUGGAGCAUUUAAUCUUGCAGAUAUUGUGCCUUGGCUAGGAGCAUUUGAUAUCCAGGGACUUACAAAAAGCUUCAAGGAAAUAAGCAGAGCACUUGACCAAUUGUUGGAGAAGAUAAUAGAAGAGCAUGAAGAAGCUCCUAACUCAUACAAAGAUGGGAAACGUGAAGAUUUCAUUGACAUAUUAUUGUCAUUAAUGAUGCAUCAACGGAAGGAGGAGGAGGAUGAUGAACAAAACUAUGAAAUUACUCAAGAUGACAUUAAGGCUGUGGCGCUAUCUUUGACUGCUGGGGCAUACGAAACUUCUGCUGUCGCUAUCGAGUGGACUCUAUCUGAACUUUUGAGGAAUCCUAGGGUGAUGAAGAAUCUACAAGAUGAGCUAGAAACUGUGGUUGGAAUGAACAGAAUGGUGCAAGAGACAGAUUUAUCAAAGUUGAAUUACUUGAACUUGGUGGUCAUGGAGAAUUUCAGACUCCAUCCCAUUGCACCAUUCAUCCCUCGAGCUUCCACAAAGGAUGUUAUGGUUGAUGGAUACUACAUAGAGAAAAACGCACGAGUCUUGAUAAAUUUAUGGGCACUAGGACGAGAUCCUCGUAUAUGGUCGGAUGAUACUGAUGUGUUUUAUCCAGAAAGGUUCUUGAAUAAUAGUAACUCAAACAACAUUCAAGAAUAUGAUGCUCAACUUCUUUCAUUCGGGUCGGGUCGUAGAAAAUGUCCGGGAAUGCAGAUGGGUUUAACUACGGUUAAACUUGUCGUAGCUCAACUUGUGCACUGCUUUAAUUGGGAGCUUCCUUUUGGGAUGAAACCUGCUGAUUUGGACAUGACCGAAUCAUUUGGCCUCUCGUUGACAAGAUCUAAGCACUUGUCAGCUGUGCUAUCCCAUCGCCUUUCUUCCAAGGCAUACAAUGACUGAAAUUCAUGUAAUAUAAGUCCGAGACCAAGGACAUGAUGUUAGUGUAAAUAAAUAAAUGUUAUUGGAUCAUAUUGUAUAGUAUAGAUUAGAACAUGAAUGUCAUAUGAAAGUGUUUUUGGUGUUAUAA